AUGGAUUAUUAUUCCAGGUACUCUUAUGUGGAGUUGUUGGUUAGGAAAAGUGAUGCAAGUCUUGCCAUUCGUAACUUUAUUGCUAGGUGUGAAUCUUAUUUUUCUGGUGAUUCUGCUGGUGAUCGAGUUGUUGCAUAUUUUCAUUCUGAUAAUGGCGGCGAAUACAUUUCCAAAGACCUGGAGCAGUUCUUUGUGUCUAAGGGUAUCAAGCAUACUUAUACAGUUCCUCAUACUCCUCAACAAAAUGGUGUUGCUGAGCGAUUGAAUCGCACAUUAUUUGAGAAAGCCAAGUCUAUGCUUUUAUAUGCUCAUGCUCCUGAAUACUUAUGGGGUGAAGCUGUCAAGUCUGCUAACUAUAUUAGGAACCGUCUUCCUAGUCGUACCACUGGUGGUGUUGCACCUCUUCAACUUUGGACUGGUAAACCUCCUAGUUAUCAUCAUAUGAAAGUAUUUGGUUGUCAAGCUACAGUUGUUCUUCCUGGUGCUAAAAGAGAAUCUAAGUUAAGUUCAAAUACUGAAGCUGGUGUUUUUGUUGGGUAUUCUUUGGAUCGUACAGCUUAUCGAGUUCUUCUUGAUUCAAGCAUUGUUGAAGCCAGGAGUGUUUACUUUGAUGAGUCCAAGUUUCCAUUUAUGAAAAGUGAUAAAGACUUGUCUAUUAAUGGUACUGGUGUUGGGUUUAGUGUUGGGUCUAGUAUUGGUUCUGGUUCAGGGUCCAUGUCAGGACCUUGUUUUGAUUCUAAGGGGACUGGUUUAGGAUCUAAUGUUAGGGUUAAUUCUAUUGCUAGUUCUGAUUCAAGUUCUGGUUCUAGUUUUGGGUCUCAUAGAUCUUUACCAGCAUCCUCAUCUGGUUCUGGUUCUAUUUGUGCUUUACCGUCUCCGUCUCCGUCUUCUUCUCCGUCUCAUUCUCCGUCGCCGCCUCCUUCUUCUUCUUCUUCUAUUAUUGUUCAUAAGCCUCGUUCUGUUCGUCGCAUUUUGUCUACACCUUCUGCUCCUCUUGAGUCUCCUACUCUUCCUACUCUUCCUUCUAUUCCUUCUGUUCCAUCUCUUCCUAGUUCUCCUAUUCUUCCACCUUCAGAUCAUGAUGUCUCUAUCUCUCCUGACUCAAGUCCAAUUGUUUCUUCUUCGGAAUAUAUUCCUUCACAAUUAGACUUAUCUGAAGCUGGUAUUAAUGAAUCUGAUAUUUCAGGUGAUUCUGGGAUCUCGCAACGAGGGGGUGAUAUUGGGUUUCAACCGUCUAUCAUUGCUUCGUCUCCCACUCCACCACCUUCUGUUGAGUUGGAAGUAGUGCCACUUAGUCAAGAAUCUCCUUCGUCUGAUCUUGUUAACUCUCUUGACCAAGCUGGUGUUAGUGUUGUCACUAAGGAUGAUACUCAAGCUGUUUUGCCUAAAUCUCGAUCUCGUGUUGUUGCUGUUCGUUUACCUUCUAUAACUCCUGCCAAACGCCCGAGUUCUGAUGACAUUGUUUCACCUCCUUCUAAACACCUUUGUGAAAAUUCUUUGAAACAAUCUCCAGUGUCUGCAACACCUGCAAAACGUCCAGCUGAAGAAGAGUGUAUUUCUUAUCGUCGUCUCAAAUCUCUCCGCUUUGAGUAUGAUGAUGUGGCUUUACUUGUUUUUACAGAUCCUAGUAGUUUUGAAGAAGCUAUGUCUAGUGAAGAAGCUGAGUUUUGGCUUGAAGCCUGUGUUAUUGAAAUGUCGUCUCUUAAACGCAAUGGUACUUGGGAAUUGGUUGAUCUCCCACCUGGUCGCAAGGCUAUCAAUAGCAAAUGGGUGUUUAAAGUUAAGCGCAAAGCUGACGGUUCAAUUGAACGUUACAAAGCUCGUCUCGUGUGUAUUGGAUUUUCGCAAGUUGAAGGUAUUGAUUAUACUGAAACUUUUGCUCCUGUUGUUCGUUACGAGACUGUAAGGAUUGUUCUUGCUAUUGCUGCUCAGUUUGGGUUCCAGGUUCAUCAUAUGGAUGUCGAGACUGCAUUUCUUAAUGGUGAUCUCAAAGAAGAUAUUUAUAUGAGACAACCUAAAGGCUUUGUUGUCAAAGGCCAGGAAUCUAAAGUGUGUCAUUUGAAGAAGUCUUUAUAUGGUUUAAAGCAAGCUCCUUUGUGUUGGAAUGAGAAGAUUCAUGGUGCUCUUGUCAAACUUGGGUUUAUUCGUAAUGAAAGUGACUACGGCGUGUAUACCAAAGGAUCUGGGUCUACGAUGGUUAUUAUCGCACUGUAUGUUGAUGAUUUACUUAUUUCUGGCAAUUCUUCUGAAGUCAUUGCCAAAACCAAGUCUUCUUUGUCAUCUAUGUUUAAGAUGAAAGACUUGGGCCCAGUCGAGCAGUUCCUUGGCAUGAGAGUUAAGCAGUCACCUUACCAUAUUACUGUGGAUGUUUCACGUUAUAUUUUUGACAUGUUGGAGGAGUUUGGUAUGCAGAAUUGUUCAAGUGUCAAGACUCCUUUACCCACUCGUGAUCUUUCUGAUUUUUCCGAGUCUGAUUCUGCUACCGAUGCCUCCAUGUAUCGCAGUAUUAUUGGUAAGCUGAUUUAUGCUGCUAAUUGUGCUCGUCCUGAUCUUGCUGUUGCUGUUAGCUUUCUUUGUCGAUAUAUGCAGAAUCCUAAGUCUAUUCAUAUGGAAGCUGCUAAGCAUACUCUUCGUUAUCUUAAGGGUACUGCUGAACUUGGUCUUGAAUAUCGAGCUCAGAAAGUCUACAAGCUUGUUGGUUAUAGUGAUGCCGACUAUGCACAGGACAAGCAGGACCGUAAGUCAUUUACUGGGUAUGUUUUCAUUCUGUCUGGUGGUCCCAUUACUUGGGCUUGUCGAAAGCAAGUUAGUCCUGCAUCGUCCAGCGUCGAGUCUGAGUAUAUGUCAUUGUCUGAUGCGUCUAAGGAAUGCUUCUGGAUUAAUCAGUUGUUGUCUCUUUGCAAGAUUCCUAUUCCGUUGCCAGUGACUAUGUUUGAGGACAAUCAGGGAUGUAUUGCUUUGGCUCAGAACCCAGUGUUUCAUCGUCGUACCAAGCAUAUUGAUGUUCGUUAUCAUGUUGUGCGUCACUAUAUUCGCAGUGGAGUAAUUCAUCUGGAGUAUCUUGAUACUCAAGUGAUGUUGGCAGAUAUGUUCACUAAGAAUCUUGGUCGUGUGAAGUUUGAGACAUUGAGGGGACUACUUGGUAUGAAGGCAGUAGGUGAUUCUGCGACAAGGGGAGGUGUUGAGCAUGCAAUGUUGUCGCAGACUAGUGCAGUUGAUAAUGCACGUGAGUUUGGGUGGGAAACUAUGGUUGAUAACCUAUGUUUAUUUUAG